AUGGGUUCAAAAUCAUCACGACGUAACUUAGAUGGUGGUGAACCAUUAAGUAAAGAAAAAAUUGAAGAACUUUGUCACGAUACUGGAUUUACAGAAGAAGAAUUACUUAAAUUGCAUACAAGUUUUUAUAAAGAUUGUCCUGAUGGUAAAUUAACAUUAAAACAAUUUGAAAAUGAAUAUGCAAAAAUAAUGGGAAAACUUAAACAAAAAACAUUAGUUUAUGUUAGACAUAUGUUUAAUGUUUAUGAUCAAGAUAAAAAUCAAUUUAUAGAUUUUAGAGAAUUCGUCAUAGCAUUAUCGGCUGCUACUGUAGUCAAUCGUCUUCGUCUUAUUGAAACUCUCUUUAAUGUAUUUGAUUUAGAUAAUGAUGGAAAAAUUACAAAAGAUGAAAUAGAUAAAAUGUUACAUACACUUGUUGAUGUAACAAAUUCAAAUAAAAGACGUCAUGUUUCUUAUUCCCAGGAACAUGAUUUAAAUAAACAAAACAAUUUACAAAAACGUAUUGAUGAUGCAUUUAAUGAAUUAAAUACAAAUGAUGAUGAUUAUAUAACUAAAGAUGAAUUUAUUGAAUGGUAUAUGAAAUCUGGUCUUUUAUCUGAUGUUCAAAUGAAUGAAAUAAAUACUUCUAAUAAAUCAUGUUUUCAAGAACGUGAUAAAAAAUUUCGAAAAAUAAAAAAAAACCAUGUCAAUCCAAAUAGAAAUAAAGACAGUAAUCGUCAUCAAUCUCAAAUUAAUUUUAUAUCGAAUAUGACUGAACGAAAAUUAUCAUCAAGUAUGGAUGAUGAUGAUGAAGUUUUUGAUAAUAAGACAACAAUACAUAGAAGAAUAGUUUCAGAUGAUACUAUUUUACAUUAUUCAAAAGACAAUGAACGAUGGAAACAUAUGUUUAAUUCUGUUCUUGAACGAAUUCAUAGGCAAUGUUCUGAUGAUGAACAAAAAAAAUAUAUAAAACUUAAUGUUCGUAAUCGAAUAAAUCAUUUUAAUUCAUGGAAACAACAAUAUAAAGAAAAAUAUAAAUCAGAAUAUAAUCAACAAGAAUCAACUGACGGUUCAUCAUCUCCUGAUAUUAUUACUGUUAGAUUUUAG